UAGUCUGGCUCCCACGAGUACGAUUAAUUACUACGUUCUAAUGCACUGCAUGGAGCAGGGAAUUAGGUGAACCAUAAACUUGUAAAAGGUUGCAACUGUAUCUUAUUUUGUUAAUAGCGUCCAAUCUCCGUGGCGACUGCAUUAUUUAUGCUCCAGCGCAAAAUGUGUGCAGGGUAGAUUCAGUGCAUAUUUUCUUCGGGCAGAUUUUGUUUGACUUACGCUAUAUGACUAUGAGUAUAUCCUUCUAGAAUAACGAGGAAAACAAUCACAUAUGCCAGUCUCAGUCAGAGUUUGCUGAAUCUAUACAGAAUGGAUAUUGAACAGAUCAUGAUUCACUACUGAACCAUCAUGAUGACAAAAUGUGCAUCUGUUAUUCAUCAUAGCUAAAAAGUUGUCCUUCGCCCCACAAUGAAACAUCCGUCGGAAAAUGUGGAGCACUUCGAGUACAAUCUCGGCAAAGCGCCAGAGCUUCGCUGCGAGUACGGCACGGUGACCACCACCUGCGACCGUUGCGAGAGCUGCCGGAUCCGCCACCGUCUAGCCCGGACUCGACAGUGGUUCCUCCGGGCCGGCGAAAAGACCAGGAAGACAUUCAUGCUGGGCCUGGUCCGACAAUUCAACAGCCUGACCUUGCUCCGCUAUGCGGUCAAUCUCCUGAACCCCCUCAUUGGCAAAGACUUCACCUACGCCCGCUCACGGACCCAUCCCAGCGUCGGCGGCGAUGGGGCAAGCACAGGGGACGACAGGGCACUGUGGACGUCGAAGACCGAGCAGACAGUGACCGAAGCCUGGCAGUGGUUCAAGGAGGCUAAAUACUGGAGCAAGGCAAAUUAUCUACUCGGGGUGCUACAGAUGUGCAAUGGAGAGUUGCUAUACAGCAUUGGGACACUGGCCAGAACGAUGCUGGCUUCGGAAGAAAGGGCCAGGGAGGGUGUUUGUAACGAAGAUUAUGAAAAGGAGUCCCUCGCGGACACAGUCUACUCCUACAGAUCCGACACCUACCCCGAAAAUCAACUGCUCCGCACGGCCGGCCAUGAAUAUUCAUCAUCCCUGCCCCGCCCAUCCCCGGACUCAUUUGAAUAUCUGGACUCCUCCCACAUUGUGGUGGAAGAUGGGGAGGAUGAGGACUCGGUCACGGUUAGUUCCUUCCAGAUGUCAUCCAUCGACCCCACCCUCUGCGUCAUGCCCACCUCUCGCUCUGCCCUGGGCGGGGUCUGGCACCACCGGGAUUUCAUCCGAGAGCUGCCCGUCCACCUGUCUAAGAACAUCUUGAGUUAUCUGGAGUACGGCGACCUGGUGAGCUGUAUGAGCGUCAGCCGGCACUGGGCGCACAUCGCUAAGGAAGUAGAAGAAGACAUGAGGACGAGACAGUUGCUCUGGGAGGAAGUUAUGUUGAUGCAGGGUUCAUCUGCCCAAGGAGGUAAUCCAGUGUUUGCCAACCAUCGCGCCGUUCCCGUUCCGCGAUUGGUCGGCGACUGUCGCAACGUGGCGCCCUCUGACCUACCAGCCAUGGAAGUGGACUUCAAGUCGGAGAUCAACAUCGCGAGCUCCUACAGCGGCAUUGUGACCGACAACGUGAAGAUGGAAGAGAGAAAUGUUUACUGCGGUGCUUACAACGUCAUGGUGCUCUCGGAUCAGGAUGACUUCAACCGAGUUGUCUCCUACAACUACGGUUCACUGGUAGCCAUAGGAUCCUUUGAUCGUCACGUCAGAUUCCUGGACGUAACGACGGGCCAUGACACUGGUCCCGUGAUUACCGGCCACGCUGGAUCUGUCAAAUGCCUGUACAUCAACGAUCGCGAGGGAUACGUGCUCAGCGGCAGCUUUGAUACCAGUAUUAGGUGUUGGGAUGUGAAGAGCGGCAAACCUCUCAAGAUCUUCCAUGGUCAUCAGGACACCAUCCUCUGCCUAGACAUGUCCCACGACAGGAGAGACAGCCUGGUGGUUUCCGGCGGGAAAGAUAAAGUUGUCAAAGUCUGGAAUUUCAGCACGGGUAAAUGUCUACGCACCUUUAAGCAUAUACACCAGGUGACAGCGGUGGCCAUACACGGUGAUACAGUGGUGAGCGGAUGUGAAGGGGGACGGGUCAAACUGUGGAGCAUCAAAGACGCCUGCCUCAUCAAGAUGCUAUACCAGUCUCCAAAGAACACCAACCGUUUUGGCUUCAUCAACCCCCACACCCACCAGGGCCCGAUCACCAGCGUGAAGCUGGAUGACUGGCACGUGGUGUCAGGGAGCCGGGAUGGCUACGCACUGGUCUGGAGCGCUGUAGGGGACCAUAAACGAUGCGUCACUGCGCUCAGGCAUCCAAAGGAAGUUUUAUGCCUUGAGCUGUCUUAUCUCCGCGUCAUCACGGGCUGUGAGGACGGCAAGCUACGCAUAUGGAACAUGCUGAGCGGUGACUGCCUGCGUGUCAUGAGAGGAAACAGCCGGUCUGACCCAAUUGAGGAUAUCUACCCAUGUGGGGAACGGUUGGUUCUACACACAGUCAACAACCUGCUGGUCCUGUGCUUUGAGGAGGUCCAGUGGGACUAUGAACAAGAGGAGAAGAUUGAACUCCUCCGUUACAAGAACCACUACGGUGACGCCCCACUUAGGAAGCACACCUACCCCUACAUCCGGGCCCAGCGCAGCGAGCGGGCCGGAGCCAGCAAUCCCAAGAUCAUACGGCACCACCGAGGUCCGUCGGAAGAGGGCGGGUCGUCGCAGCUAGGCCACAGCGGCCGUACCUUGCACGACCGUCAUUUGCAAAGUGCCAAGAGGAUCCAGAAGCAAGUCAAGGCGGUGGAGUUUGUUUCCAGUCUCAAGGGGAGCGUGUAUCACAACGUCCAGGGUUCACAGCCUGACGGCGCUGCCAUGCAAAGCACGAAGACCGGUUCAGUCAUCUAUGCGAGGUCCUGUGCAGGCUCUUCAAGACCUCCGACAGCUACAACUUACUCCAGACCACCUACAGCAUCAACGAGAUCAGUGACAGGGUUAGUGUCCAGAGCGACAACACCAGCCUCUCUCAGUCGUUCAGAGAUUGUGAGACCCAAAUCACAGCAGGAUGUUAGGGUCUGUUCUCCGGUGGCAUCCUCGCGACCUCCAACCGGCAUCAUGAAGGGCGGAUCCAGACCGCAGACAGCCUUCUCCACUAAAAGUGGGAUCCUCAAGCGAGCAAAGUUUGAGCUCCCGAGGCGUGGCCACAGUGCUCCCGUCCGAAGGCAGAACGUCAGUGAUGCCUUGUCGCUGUCGGAGGCCAAGGCCCUGAUUAGAUCCCAGGAGCGGACCAAGGAUGUCCCGACUCCCCGCGACAGGCUGCUACUGACCAUCAACUGCAUCGAGAGCUCUAAGAAAAACACAGAGCUUGUAAACAACACGACGGCCAACGCCUUGGAAAUCGACUACAAACCGCAUCAAGAGAGUCCAGCGCCGUUCAAAGUCAAAAGCCCUCAGAUCAGGCAACUGAGAGAGAAGUUGCAACCAGGAGCUUUAACUCGUCCAGAACCGUCUGUCGUCAGUCGUUUCAGAACUGUUGAGAUUGACAACAAGCCUCACAUCAGCCUGCAUCCCAAGAUAGUACCGUCCAGCAUCCCUAAGCAAACUCUAACAUGUAAAGAGCCUAAGAAAUCCAUCCUGACCCGUCCAAGCUCUGGCCAUGUCCCUUCAUCAGCUGAAAAGCCGGAGAUUCCGCUCAGAAGAAGCCAGAGUGCAAACGCCAUCCUGACACCCAAUGCAGCCAGUUCGGGUCUGUCCACGAACACGGACGCUGUCAUCCGUAAGAAAACCUUCCAUGGCUGGACGACAUCGCACACCGAGCCCGUAAUCAUCAGUCCCAUGCUGAUGCACGGCCUGGGCAGUGGGGCGCAGUCGCCACGGAAGCAGCGCCGCAGCGUGACCAAGAUCGUCAUGGGUCUGCCGGUGGAGGUCAAGGAUCCGCUGAAGAGCCACAAGGAGUUCCAGAUACGAACGCGGGAGCAGACGCAGGGUUAUCUGAAUCGAGUGACCGAGAUCCAGCAGAAAGACGUCAGGGAGAAGGCGGCGCAAGCCGAGGCACUGCAGAGGAAGCUGUGGUUGGCAAAAGCCAAAGGUCAAGCUCAUCAGGACUUUACCAAGAAGCCAAGAGCUUUUGCACCAGAGAUUCGAGAAUGAACCUCAUAUAUUCAGGAGGAGAGAAAAUGAAAUUUCGCACAAAAGUGAGAUUUGUGACUUUCCGAGCAUGGUACACAUGCGCUUUGGACAUGGGAAGCCGAUGGCAGAUCUGUACUUCCCCGUCUGAAAAUCGAGAGGUUGAUGUGUUUUAAUUUUGUUAAAAUGCACGUGAUGUUCAGUCUUUAGGCCAAAAAAAGAGUCUCCGUUU